AAAGUUUGGUGGCCAAAGUUUGCAAAGAUUGAAAACUGUCUCUGCCUUCGCGCCUCCCAAGAUACAAUCAAACAAAAACCCUUCCCGAGUUUUCCUAGCACUCGAAAGUCACAGCGCGCGUGCUGAUGGUCAUCUUUCGUUUAAUGUUGGUCAACGGAUUGAAAUUGCCGAUUAUAGUGAUGACCAUGACCUGUUAAUUGGGAAGCUCGACAACAAUGUUGGAGGCUUGAUCGCCCGAGAUACUCUUGAAAACUGCUUACAUCCGGAAGGAAGCACCGAAAAUAUAUCAAAUGAUUUGAAUACAUCUACCCUGGUGUUCAAUGGCCGAUUUCGAGCAUUUCCUACAAACGACAAAUCCGACUUUUUGAAGCUCCGUAGUCAGUCAGGUUUGGCCUAUUUUGACCGUACUGGAUACAUAUCAGUACUCUCUUCCUACGGAGCAGAUGUACUACUCUUUUUACGUCCACGCCGUUUCGGCAAGUCCCUGGCGCUUAGUAUGCUUACCUGCUUCCAUGGGGUGGAACACAAGAACAACUAUGAUAUACUCUUCAAGGGCCUUGCUAUCGACAACGAUGUCCAGGCUGGCACCGUCAAGCCCAACCAGUAUCUUGUUUUGUUGCUAGAUUUUUCUGGUAUCAACCGCGACCCUGACCCUGGAAUUGCCAAAGCCGGACUCUUCGAUAUGAUCAACGGUGCCAUCGAACG